ACUUUUCCGCGGUGUCCUUAGGCGUCUUCCUGACUGAAUCUGACUUCACUGGAGGCGGUGAUCCAUGGAACCCAGUGACAUGCCUGCUGGCCACCAUUGCCCCUCAGACUCUGCCCUUCAGGAUGAAACCAGAGACCCCCAGGGCACAGAGCUGAUCCCCAGGAAAGCCAUCAGUCGCUCUCCAACCUGCGCCCGCUGCCGCAACCACGGCGUCACCGCCCACCUCAAGGGCCACAAGCGCCUCUGCCUCUUCCAGGCUUGCGAGUGUCACAAAUGUGUCCUCAUCCUGGAGCGCCGCAGGGUCAUGGCUGCCCAAGUGGCCUUGCGUAGGCAGCAGGAGGCCCAGCUGAAGAAGCGCCUGAUAAGGAGACGGGAAGCCUCUUCCAAAACUCCCAGCCGCAUCAGAAAGGUCCCCUCUGGAAAAGAGAACAUAGCACCCCAGCCUCAGAUACCCCGUGGGGCAGUCCCGCUGGCACUGACACCCCCUGGGAAGAACUCCUGUGGGCCUCUGCUACUCAGCCGUCCCUUGGAAGCCUUGCCCUUUUCCUGGACUCCAGUGCCUCCUGGCCCCUGGGUCCCUGGACACUGGCUGCCUCCAGGCCUCUCCAUGCCAUCACCAGUGGUAUGCCGCUUGCUGUACCAAGAUCCGGCUGUCUCUCUGCCUGUCUUUCCUGGCUUUGACCCUGGCACCUCCCUCCCGCUGCCCACUCAUGGGCCCUUCACCACCUGCCCAGGAUCUCACCCAGUACUGACAGCUCCUCUUUCUGGAGAGCCCCAAGGGCCCCCUAGCCAGCCCCUCACACACUCAACUCUGAUACUCCAGCCCUGUGGCACCCCAGACCCUCUUCUGCUACAGCCACAGGCCUCUGGAGCCUCUCGCCUGGCUCGGAUAUCUGCCUCCUCAGAGCGGCAGCUGCAGCAAGAGGCAGCUGAAGCCCUUGUGGGGCUGAAAGAUUCAUCCCAUGCUCCUCGUGUGACCCCUUUUGUGCCCCCGAACCCUGCCUGGAUCUCCCUGCUUCACCCCUGUGUCCCACCAGCUCCUGCUGGAGGAAGAGGAUUCCAGCCUGUUGGCCCUGCUCUUCGACCCAGCCCAGCCCCUUCUGUUGCUCUACAUAUUGGCCGUCUGGGGUCCAUCUCCCUCCUGAGCUAGAAACCAGAGAUGGAGGCUGCCUUGCUGUAGCAGGGAGGUGACAGCCUGCUGGCACUGUGUAUUUAGUCUUUUACUUCGGGAUUUAUGCAUGGAAUUUAAUGUAGUACAAGCUUCGGGCCUUUUUAUCUUAAGCUUUCAGGAGCUUCAUUAGCUUUCAGUUCCUUUUGUAUUGUGGGCAUUUCCUUGGCUAAAGGUGGAUAUUCUUGAUAUUCUUGUACCCUUCUUGGGUCUUGGGACCUAUUGAAAUCCCCAAUAAAGGGAUAAUUGUGCUCUUUAAGCUGACCAAUAUCUAUAAAUGUGUUUGCAUGAGUUUAUAUCCUGGGAUCCCAUGAUUCCAUACAUACCUAUGCACUCAUGUCUGUCUCCAUGCCUGUGAAAACAGGAGAGUGCUUUCAUUUUGUGUCUAGGUUUGUGUGAGUAAACAAGAAAUAAACCUUUGUUGUUGUAAGCCACGGAGAUUUGGGGAUUGUUUGUUACCACAGCCUAACCCAGUCUAUCCUGACUGACAGAAAGGACUUGUUCAGUUCACUUCUCAAAGUGAAAAUCAGUUUUCUAGUACCUACCAUAGAUAAACACAAACUUGGAUUUUUUUUUUCCUUUGGCCAAAUAAAAA